GGGCUCAAUGAUAUAUCAUCAUAUAGAUCUUCCAUCUGCUUCCCACUCUCCCAGACCGCCGUUACGAUCUCGUGACGACGAGCUUGAGGGAAUUCUCACCUUGAGGCGGUGGUGGUGAGGGGUGAGGAGUGAAUGCGCAUGAGAGCAGCGGACUGUGUCGUGUUGGAGGUGAACAAUGGGCAGCUGGGUUUCGAUCCAGGCUGGUGAUGGUUUUCAUGUAGCAUAAGCUCCAAUGCGUCGUGGGUGUGCUCUACAGGAUGAAAGUUAGAGAGUGGGUGAGUGGCUGUGGGAGUGUAGAUUUGUGGUGGGUUGGGUUAGAUUUGUGAAACAGUGGAGCUUGGUAAGAGUGCGAAAGGGUUGACAGUAUGGUGCAAACGACGUGCCUGUUGCAUUCCUCUAGGGUUGUCAGUGUCGCCGCCGCUUCUUCUGCUCAUGGCAAGCGAGGUGGGAAUUCGUCAGGAUCUUUGGGUCUAGAGAGAAGCUUGAUUAAAUCUCGUGAUGGUGUUUACUUCCUUGUUGCUAAUGCACCACAGCUGGUGCGAUCCUCCGUUCGCCACCGUGCCGCCAUCCGGUGCGAAGCGGGUGGUGUGUCGGAGUCCACCAUCCUCACGGUUGCUGAUGUGUCUACACAGAAUGGCGGCAUGAGCAAUGCCGUACCGGUUCAUGUGAUUCACGAAGGGGAUGGGUUUGAUCAGCUUAUGAGCCUCGCGACUCGGCCAGCGUCGGAGCGGAAAUUUGAGUCGGCCUGGGCAGCUCAGCCAGCCACAGAGCAGGGAAGUGGGCAAUCUCACCCUGUAGAGUUGGCUAGUAAUUCAAAAUAUUCGUCGAGUUUACCCUCCGAGGGCGCUAAUGAAGUAGCUGCGACGCCGGUUGCGGAGCAGGAGUCCUCCACAACUGAGCAAAAGCAAGCAAGCGCGACCAGGGGCGGAAUGCCCCGGUGGAACAUGUUGCUGAGCACGGAAGCGCUCGAGGAUGCUCACUUGUUCCGCGCCUCCAGCGUCACGGAUGCACACGUCUUGCGUAGGAAGGGACGCCUCAAAGAACAGGACGGUCUCAUUGAAUUCAUUAUCUCGAUGCAUAGCACGCACUCGCCCUUUCAGGCGAUGGAGAAGGUGGAGCGUUGGGUGCGGGAGCACGUGGCGGAUCCCAAGCGCAGCACACUUAACCGGCUUAUCCCCAACAUCGGACCGCGGUUUCACACGCCUCUUCCUUUGGUGCGGGCUCUCAACGAGUAUGACGAGUUUGCGUCCCUCUCCCGGCGAAAAUAUGUCCCUCCGAAUUUCGCUGAUGUUCGUCAUGUGCUGAACAUCGCGCAGGUGCACGCUAUAGCUGAGAAAUUGUCGCUCAUCACGUUCGACGCCGACGGGACAAUUUACGCUGAUGGGCACCAUAUCGAAGGCGACAACAAGAUGAUAGGACACAUCAUCAAGUUGAUGCAACAAGGGAUCCAGGUUGCCAUUGUCACUGCUGCGGGCUACCCUGGCAACGCUGCCAAAUUCGAGGACCGCUUGGCUGGAUUGCUAGAAGCCUUCAAGGAUCUCGAACUGCCGCCGUAUGUCACGAGACUCUUUCACGUAAUGGGAGGUGAAUGCAAUUAUCUCCUGCGCGUGAAUGAGCUGUACAGAUUGGAAUUUGUCCCGGACCAGCUCUGGAAAUCGCCUGAUAUGCUGGCAUGGAGGGAAGAGGACGUCACGGAUCUCCUCGACAACGCCGAGAAUGCCCUGAAAUCCGCCGCCGCAAGGUUGGGUGUACCCAUAAACAUUGUACGCAAGCCCCGAGCCGUUGGUGCGGUGCCGAAGGAUCCUACCAUUUACGAGGUUCUGGAAGAGAUGGCGCUCUCUGUGCAAAUGCAGCUCCUGCAAUCUAACCUCCCUUUCUGUGCCUUCAACGGCGGCAACGACGUCUUUGUUGACGUCGGCAACAAAUCCGUGGGACUCAGGGCCCUCAUGAAGUACUUGGACACGAAAUGCUGCGAGACGCUGCACGUCGGGGACCGCUUCACCGCCAGUGGCAACGACAUGGCCACUCGCUCUCAGUGCUCCAUCCUGUGGGUUGCCAACCCGGAGGAGACUGCUUUCUUCGCUCGACUUCUGUUACGCGACAUUCGAUUAACCAAGCAGAAAUUGUACAUCGAGUGAAGAAUUGUUCUCGGUGGUAGCCGAUCCAGCUAACCAUCGUCAGAGCGUUGUCCCCUCCCGCAAACUAGGUUGUAAGAAUUUGCACAAUUGAGGUUCUCUCCAGCAAUCAAUGGGAGGCUGAAAAUUAUGUACAGGGAAUUGAUACAUAGACAAAAGUCAGCUGUAAGAGUAGAGGUUUGCAAUAGCUCCGAGGACCUUCUUCCGCUGAUUUGACGUGGUUUUCAUGCAUUGCUGUAACUAGAGCAACAACUGAGGUUGCGGUCUCUCGAAGGCUUAAUAGUCGUCCUACAGUUGUUGCAGCCAGGAAUGCUUUGCAGCCAUGUACAUAAUAGAAGCAAUUUGCAGUUGAAAUCCAUAGAUAUUUUAGGACGUUGGCACUGCCAAGCCAACCGGUUUGUAUGUGGAACUUCAGACAAUGUACAUGUGUAUCAUGAAGUUUUCGAUCGUAA